AGACGCGAGCGGAAGGCAGAGCCGCUGUUCAAACUUGCGGCGGGAAGUGCCGGGGGCCCAGACGAGCCGUCGCCAUGGAGACGCUGUUGUGGCAGGUGGAGCAGCUGCCCGGGCUCCUGGCCGUGUCCCGCUCAGGGCAGGUUCGGGACUGGGACCCGCCAACCCUGGAUAGAGCCCUGCAGUGGGGCCGUUACUUCCAACACCUGCACGGCCGCUUCCGCGCCCAGCCCCGGCUCCGGGCCGCCCUGGGGCAGCGGCUCCGCCGAGGGCAGCACGGGCCGCCGCUUGGCUUCGGACACCUGGGGCGCUGCCCGGAGCUGCUGGGCCUAGCGCUGCUGGGCAACCGGGCGCUGCCUCCCGCCGCCUACCACCGCCUCCUGCGGAGCUUGCUGCUGCCGCCCAGCGGCCAGGCUACCCCGGGGCCCUGCAGCCUCGGCCUCCUGGCCCGGCGCAAGGCCGCCGCCCAGCUGCUGCCGCCGCCCAGCCCAGCCCAGGCGCGCCCUGAGGAGCUGGAGCUGGAGCAGUCGCUGCGGACCGAGGCCCAGCUGCUGCUGUCCCGGCUGCAGGAAGACGAGGAGGAGGAGCAGGGACUGGCGGGUGUCCUGGAGCAUCUGCCCAGGCCUAGGGUCUACCGGGUGCUGGCGGCGCUGCUGCUGGAGCAGGCCGGGGACAACGCUGGCAGAGAGGGGGCCAGCUGGGCAGAGCACAGGGAGGGGCCCAGGCCGGCUGCAGCGGUGCUCUCCUGGCUGCUUGGGGAGCCAGGCCGGCUCUCCGUCUUCUGCCGCCUCCUCCCGGGCUCCCUCCUCGUUGCCCUUUCUGCCCGAUACCCCCAGCUGGGCACCCCUUACUUGCAUCUCCUUACCAGCUGGGGCAGCCGCCUGCGCUACGAUCCCCUGAGCGGCCAAUGGGCCAGCAGCCGCUGCCCUAGUGAGGACGAGCUCUCCUGGGAAGAGCUGCGGGAGCGCUUCAGCUGCUUCAUGAGGGGACCUGCCCCGCUCCGAGAGGCUGCCCUGGCUUCUCUGAAAAACCUGAAGAUCCAGGAUGGAGACUUCGAAGUCUGCGGCCUGAGUGUCUGGACUGACCUGUUGCUGGAGUUGGAGGCACCUCUCUAAAGACACUCGAACGUUAGCUCGGAGGAAGAGAGGACUAGGACAUUAAAUAGGUUUCAUAGGAAAUUAAAUAGUCUGAAAUCCAAGAAACCGGAGUAACUUUCUUUUCUCCAUAACUAACAUCAAAGUCAAAUGGAUUAUAUCUUGUUUGGAGUGAAAGGGCAACUUUGUGAUCAGAUUGCAUGCCAUAAAACUUAAGUAAGUUAGCAAAGAGUGCCUUAGGGAUUGGGUUCUGCUCGUGCACAUGCUGGUGUAAACCUGGACUGACUCCUCCUCUACAGGAGUUACCCAUGUAAAAUCUGUGUAAAUGAGCCCAGAAUCAGGCUCCUUACAUCUAGUCAAGUAGUUCCCAGUUACAUUUCUCUUACACUCGGAACAAGUUGACUAGGAAUUUUCUUCUUUCCUCUUCCAGUUUAUUUUCUUCCCUCCACCUCUUAUGUUUUUACCAGCUCUGAUAUUCCCCAAUACUUAUGGUUGGGCUGUUUGGUUUAAGAGUACCCUUAAUUCUGUUGAUCACUAACAGGAAAUGCUUCCAUCCCCUAUUGGCACUAUUGCUACAAAAUUCAAGUGUGUGAAUACCUUAAGAUAUAGAGAAACUAGCUUAACUUUCUGUGUGUUGAAAAGAUAGAAAUUGAACUGUGUAUUGCCAUGGGCACAGUGUGUUGACAUUUGUCUGUUUCUAGCAGUUGCAAACUGGCAGAGUACAAAAAGGGGGAAAGGGCUUUUUGUCUCACUUACUUAGGAUACUCAUAAUUCCAGGUUAAAUCUAUUUUUCACUAUCACCUUGUCUUCCAGUGGUGGUUUAUUUUUGCCUUUUUUUCCUUCAUGCUUCGAAAUAUCCUAGGCACAAUGUGGGUAGGACUGCAGAGGUCAGAGGCGACUUCAUGCCCAAUGGGAAAGAAUCCAAAGAGCGUACAUAAAGCCUGCUGAUUUGAUCUUUUAUCAAUCACGAUGUAGCAUGUUUGUUUCUAUGUUGCAGUGGAAACUUCAUUUUCCUAUCCUACAAAUGGAUACUCAGUAGCUUAGCUUUUUGUUGAGAGUUUCUUUCACCAAACUGGGACCAGAAUGGGAGAGUAGAAAUACCUUCUUUCAAAUGGGUUGGGCAACAAACUUCUUUCCCUCCUAGAUGAUUACUGAAGGACCUGCUUGUCUUAAUUGUCUUUAUUAAACUCUGACUCUGAUCACAAUCUCUAUGUGGGAAAAUAAUUACUGGUCAGGAUUUGCUAAAUGAAGGCUAGAUGUGCAAACUGACCAUGAACUAUAAAAUGGGCAUUAUCCUGCAGUUUACUGUGAAAAGUCUAGGUUAACUGCUCAGCUUUUUUUUAAAUAAAACACUUUAUUACACAAAGCAAGAAGUGGAAUGUUACAGGUAUGGAAGGUAUUUGACCUACAGCCUCAAUAUACAUCUGAGCUAUGAUGCUAUCUAACUGCACAUAAAAAUAAACAGUAAAUCUGUUUUGCAAAGCAAUUGAAAUGCUGUAUGGCGAUGAUACAGGGCCAAAUCACAACCUCCCUAUGUCUGUGGGUGAGCAGUUAAUUGAUGAGACUACCCAGGUAAUGUUACUACUUGUGUGAGUGACUGCUCAUCAGUGGACCAUAAAGGGGGAAAUCAUAAGCUGGAGAUAUCUGAAAAAUGCUUUAGAUAGUGCUUUUAAAACAGAACAAUGUAAAAGGAAUAUGCCAGAAUUCUUAAAACUGCUGUACAUCAGCAAGUCUAGUCUAAUCUGAGAGCAAAUUUGUAUGGGCAAGUUAUAAACCUAAUAAAAUAGAAAACUAUGCUAUAAACCCCUUAAUUAAAAGAUCUUUCUUUAUUGUAGGGAUAGUAAAUGAGAGAGAG